UGAGACUAUGAGGACGGUCGCAUAGAAUACUGUGUUUUCACUAACGCCCACCCAUCCAGUGUAUAUAGCCUACGUGUUUAUGGGGAAACAGACACAGGGCGAGCACUAACGGCUAGGACUGGGACAAAUACUCGAGUGGCGUGAAUUAAUGAUCAGCUGUGCUUUGUGAUCGUGCUUGUGAUUUGAAACGACAGAUCCUAACCUUUCAUCUUAUUACAUGAUCCCGUGCUCUCGACAUGACCAUUGAAGAGGAUUUCGAUAAUUUCAUGAAACAACUCGGAGAGAGCAUCUCAGAAGAAGAAUUGAAAGCUCUCACGGCAGCUUGCCAAGACGUCAUCCCAAAUGAAGCGAGGGAGAAGAUCAAGAAACAGAGGGAUCUCUUCAGCUACCUUCAAAAGAUUGAUCAGCUCAGUCAAGAUAACUUAUAUUAUCUAGAGCACGCUCUGGAGAAGAUUUGUCGACCGGACCUGGUAACCAUGGUGAUGGAUUUUCGAGACAGCGCUCCCUCCAGCCAAGAUCUAAGCAAUGUCAUCUCCGGACCGGCAAGAAAAUACAAAGAAAUGAACAAGGAAACGGGAGAAGUUCCGGAGGAGGUGCUUACAGGGUUAGCUAAGAUUGAACUAGCCCCACCCCCUUUGAAUGCAGACCGACGGAAAGGGAGAGAUACGAGAUAAAUGGACCACGAUACCAAAAAACGUCAAACAGAAGAACAAAAUGUUAAUAUAACUGUACAAUUAUGAUUAUUGGAAAUCUUUUUUUAUAUUGAUAUUAUAUCGAGAGUGUUUUAUUAUUGUAAGUAGUAUAUUAAUGUUUGUAAUUGAAUAUUUAUAGGAUCUUGCCCUUGUACUACACUGGAAUCGAACCAAAACUAGCCGCACCAGGGUCCCAGGGUCCAGUGCCGCACCUGGAUACUUAUUUGCAACGCUGCACCAUGUAUACAGCAUGUGCACUCUAUAUGUGAACUUGUUGCUGCCUGAUUUGCAUUAAAAAAUAAAAAAAACGUGUACCCUUUGUUUCCAGAGGUACUAUAUAUUUAUUAUCUUUUCAUUUACAAGAUGAUCCU